AUGUCAGACACCGAGGGGAACAAGGGUAAGGGCUGGACUGACCGUCAACGUCUCGCGUACUACUUCAACCUCGUCGAGUUCUCCAACGUCAAGCUUGACUUCGCCGUACGUACCCUCCUCUUCCCUCUAUCAUCCUCUUUAUUGAUAGCUGAACAGAACGCGCCCCGUCCUGAUGGCAAGUCCGUCGGCGCCUGUCGCAUCAUGGUCGACCGCCUCAAGGGCACCCUCAAGGCCGACCUCGCUGCUCUUCGUGGUGUCGAAGAGGGCGAUGUGGUUGGUCCCAAGAAGACGCCCACUCCGCGCAAGCGUAAGGCCAAGGGUGACGCUGGUGCCGAGGGAGAAGCUACACCUACGAAGCGCGGACGUAAGAAGAAGGUUGCUGAGGAGGUUGUGGUUGAGGAGGACGAGGACGAGCUGACUCCAGUUAAGCCCGAGCCCAAGGAGGAGGAUCUUCUGGCCGAGGAUUGA